GCCAUGAAAACCGCGAAUCAAAUCGUUGGCUGUUUCCGAGUUCCCCCAAUUGAAACAUCAACAAUCUUUUCAUAAAUUUUGCGAAAAAAACGAAACCAUCCCGAAAAAACAAAAACUACAACAUUCGCUACUUGUUUUUAGAAGAUCAAUGCUUCGAUUUCAAUGAUUUUUUUAAAAUCAUCAUUCCAUUGACUGUCGGCUUUCGAUUCCGUUGUUUUGGUCGUUGAAAUCGAGAAGGAAGCUUGGGAUCUUCCAAAAUUUCCCUCUGUAGAAUAUUCUUAUUGAAUCAUUGAUCUGCAAGUUUGAAGGCGCCGGAAAGUCGAUGAACAGGAAUUGAGAUGGGGUUUUUCGGUACUAUAUUGGGUUUUUUUGGAUUUGGAGUCGGCAUCUCCAUCGGCCUUGUUGCUGGUUACUUCCUUUUCAUCUAUGUUCAACCUAAUAAUGUUGAGGAUCCUGAGAUUCGACCGCUUGUCGAAGAGGACACAAUAAGAUUGCAGCAAAUGCUUCCUGAGAUCCCACUUUGGGUGAAAUGUCCAGAUUAUGAUCGUGUUGACUGGCUUAACAGGCUUAUUCAAUAUAUGUGGCCUUAUCUUGAUAAGGCGAUAUGCAAAACAGUAAGAGAUAUUGCUAAACCUAUUAUUGCAGAGCAAAUUCCUAAAUUUAAGAUCGAUUCCGUUGAUUUCGAAGCACUCACAUUGGGGUCCUUGCCGCCGACGUUUCAAGGCAUGAAAGUGUACGUUACUGAUGAGAAGGAGCUGAUAUUGGAACCUUCAAUAAAAUGGGCUGGAAAUCCAAAUGUCCUGAUAGCAAUCAAGGCAUUUGGACUGAAAGCAACAGUUCAGGUUUUAGAUUUGCAAGUUUUUGCAGCCCCACGUAUUACCUUGAAGCCAUUGGUUCCAAGCUUUCCUUGUUUUGCAAAUAUCUUCGUCUCGCUCAUGGAAAAGCCACACGUUGAUUUUGGCCUAAAACUUGUUGGGGCUGACUUAAUGUCAAUUCCAGGUCUCCACCACUUUGUCCAGGAGACCAUUAAAGAUCAGGUUGGCAACUUGUAUCUAUGGCCUAAAACCUUGGAUAUAGCAGUCAUGGAUCCAUCAACAGCGCUAAGGAAGCCGGUUGGUAUCCUAGAUGUGAAGGUUGUGAGGGCAAUGAGACUAAAAAAGAAAGACCUUUUAGGUGCAUCAGAUCCUUAUGUAAAGCUGCAGCUUACAGAGGAAAAUCUACCUUCAAAAAAGACCACUGUGAAGCAAAAGAAUUUGAAUCCUGAAUGGAAUGAAGAGUUCAGUUUUGUGGUUAAAGAUCCAAAUUCCCAAGCCAUAGAGUUCCAAGUUUUCGACUGGGAGCAGGUUGGAAAGCAUGACAAAAUGGGCAUAAAUCUAGUCCCUUUGAAAGAGCUUUAUCCUGAUGAGCCAAAAGUCUUCACGCUUGACCUGCUCAAGAACAUGGACUUGAAUGAUGUUCAAAAUGAGAAGAACAGGGGACAAAUUGUGGUUGAGUUGACGUAUAAACCAUUCAAGGAAGAUGAUUUAGCUGGAGAUUUUGAUGAUUCACAGAAGAAGGUAAUGGAUGCUCCUGCAGGAACGCCUGAAAAUGGAGGUCUACUUGUAGUUAUUGUUCAUGAAGCUCAAGAUGUUGAAGGCAAGCACCAUAACAAUCCAUAUGUGAGGCUUCUCUUCAAAGGAGAAGAGAAAAGAACCAAGCGUCUGAAGAAGAACAGAGACCCAAGAUGGGAAGAAGAGUUUGAAUUUAUGCUGGAAGAACCACCCACAGAUGACAAAUUAUAUGUGGAAGUUCUCAGCUCUUCAUCAAGAAUGGGCCUCUUGCAUCCCAAGGAAUCAUUGGGGUACGUGGAGGUAAGUCUGGGCGACGUUGUUACGAACAAAAGGAUAAAUGAAAAGUACCACCUUAUAGACUCGAAGAAUGGAAGGAUUCAAAUUGAGUUGCAAUGGAGGACUUCAUCCUAAGCUCACCAUUUUUUUUCUUGCUUAAAUCUUCAGAGGAAUACAGCAAGAGACAGGAAACACAUUUUUCUAAUACAUAUUCAUUUCUGAUACUUUUCAUCGCCCAUACAAAUAAAGAGGUUGUGAGUUUAGUUUUUAUUUAAACCCAAACAUUUCAUCGGUCGUUUGAUCCUUGGGUUAUAAAUCUUACUCUAUUCGUUUUGA